UAGUGCGAUCAACGAGGGGGAGAGAGGAGACGGCGAGCGGUACUUAGAGGACUAGUGAUGUACACCAAACAUAGACAGAAAAAGAUUCUCAUUAUAUCGACGGAAUGUGGACGUUCGAUAUUAUUCGUGUUACUGCUUCUACUGAACAUCAUACUGGAAACUGUGAGUGGAGAAAGCAAAGAACAAGCAGGGGAGCUCCGGGGACAGACCGUGGUGCCACGCUGGCUCUCCCGGACGCGGAACAAGAGGGAGGCCGGGAUCCCGCUGCAGGCGCCGUUUCCUGACAGAGGGGAGAUCGUGCUGACGGCGGAGGGCAAGAAGCUGCUGCUGCAGGUGGAGCGCAAUCAUCAGCUCCUCGGGCGGGACUUCACAGAGACCCACUAUGCUGCGAACGGCACGCCUGUGAUACUCAGUCCCAAUUACACCGAUCACUGUUACUACCAUGGGCAUGUCAGUGGACACACGGACUCCUGGGUAGCCCUCAGCACUUGCUCCGGAAUAAGGGGCCUGAUCGUCCUGAACGCAGACAACAGCUACUACAUUGAACCAAUCGGAGGGCUCGACUUUCCCCAGCACAGAAUCUACCGCACAGAGCACGUGCAGGUCAAACGGGGCACGUGCGGACAUGGCCACCAGUCGGGGCACCUGGACCCUGUCUCCAGUCUCCUUAAACCUUUGCAUCAAAGGGUGAGACGGGACACCUGGGGCACCACAAAGUACAUGGAGCUGUACAUCGUGGCAGACAGCGCGCUGUACAAAAGGCAAAACAGGGACCUCAACAAAACCAAGCAGAGGAUCAUGGAGAUUGCCAAUUACGUGGAUAAGUUCUACAGGGCCCUGAACAUCCGCGUUCCACUGAUCGGCCUGGAGGUGUGGACCGAUCGGGAUCAGUGCAUCGUGAGCGAGGAGCCCAACGCUACGCUCUGGUCCUUCCUGCAGUGGAGGCAGAAACUCAAGUCACGCAAGAAGCACGACAACGCCCAGCUCCUCACGGGGGUGAUUUUCAAAGGGACCACCAUUGGGAUGGCGCCGCUGGAGGGCAUGUGCAGCCACGAGAACUCGGGAGGGAUCAAUGUGGACCACUCGGACUUGCCCGUCGGGGCGGCGGCCACCAUGGCCCACGAGAUCGGCCACAACUUCGGGAUGAGCCACGACAACGAGGGCUGCUGCGUGGAGGCCACGCCCGAGCAGGGCGGCUGCGUCAUGGCGGCAGCCACCGGCCACCCCUUCCCCCGCGUCUUCAGCCGCUGCAGUAAGAGGGACCUGGACAACUACUUCCAGAAGGGAGGGGGCAUGUGCCUCUUCAACAUGCCCAACAUGACGGACCUGGUGGGGGGCAAGAGGUGCGGGAAUGGCUUUGUGGAGAAGGGCGAGGAGUGCGACUGCGGGGAACCGGAGGAGUGUGAGAACUCCUGCUGCAAUGCCAACAACUGCACGCUGAAGGCGGGGGCACAGUGUGCCCAUGGCGUCUGCUGCAAGGACUGCAAGCUGAAGCAGGCAGGCACCAUGUGCCGGGGCCCGGCGGGGGCGUGCGACCUGCCCGAAUACUGCACCGGCGCCUCGCCCUACUGCCCCUCCAACGUCUACCUGCUGGACGGCACGGCCUGCCAGUACGGCCGGGCCUACUGCUACAGCGGCAUGUGCCUGACCCACGAGCAGCAGUGCCUGCAACUCUGGGGGCACGGCGCUCGUCCCGCUCACGACGCCUGCUUCCAGGACGUGAACGCCGCGGGGAACGCCUUCGGCAACUGCGGCAAGGACGGGCAGGGGAACUACAUGAAGUGUCAGAAGAGCGACGCCAAGUGCGGCAAGAUCCAGUGCCACAGCGCCGCCAAGAAGCCCAAGGGCACCAACGCCGUGUCCAUCGACACCACCAUCCACACCAACGGGAUGGAGAUCAAGUGCCGGGGCACCUACGUCUACGCCACCCAGGACGGGCAGGGAGACCUCCUGGACCCGGGGCUGGUCAUGACCGGGACCAAGUGCGGGGAGGGCAAGGUGUGCCGAGAUCGCCGCUGCCAAAACGCCUCUUUCACGGACCUGGAGCAGUGCAUCGCUCGUUGCCACGGACACGGGGUGUGCAACAGCAACAAAAACUGCCACUGCAACCGCGGAUGGGCCCCGCCCUUCUGCGAAAAGCCGGGCCUCGGGGGCAGCGUGGACAGCGGGCCCGUCCAGUACGACAGUCAGCUGGGCAUGGUGGUAGGGCUGCUGUUUGCCUUCCUGGUCCUGCUGCCAGCUGUGCUCAUAGCUUUCUUCUGCUACAAGACCAAGACCUCCAUGCUCCACAAAUGGCUGGCCCAGAGGGAGAAGAACAAGGAGAACAGGAAAGACACGUCUGAUCAGAAGGUAAAGAACGGACACCUGAAUCCGGCGUUCCACUUGAAGGUGGUUGGGUCAUCUGGCAAAAACAUCAACAACAAGAAGCUGCCACACACCAGCAAGGAGGUCCUGCCCCUCAGACCGGCCCCUACCCCCCCCACCAGCCAGCCUAUCAACAUCGUCCGCCCGCUGCGCCCUGUCCCCUCCCCCUCCCCCCACGCCCAGCGUGACCUCAGAGUUCCCCGCCCACCCCUGCCCAUGGGCAAACCUCCGACCGCUCCCCCCAAAUCCCCGGCCCACCCGCCUCACAAACUCAACCCACCCAAGAAGCCCCUGCCGGUCAGUCCAGCACGAGCACCACUGCUGGUGUCAGAGUCACAUCCCAGGCACUCACCGUCCCCGCCCCAGAGGCCCCUUCCCCUCAGCCCGGCCCGCGGGGCUCCGCCAAAACCCUCCAGCGGGCUGAUGGUGAUGAUGCCCUCCGCCGUCGGACCCAAACCCGUGGUGAAGGUGUCGGCCAUCUCCCCGCUCAGAGCGCUCAGACCCUCCCCACCAAAUAAGACUGUCCCGGGAGUGAAACCAAACGUAGCCUCGUCUCCUUUCCGAAAAUGACCCUCGGAAGGGGGGGGCGGGGGGCGGGGGGCGGAGAGGAGAGGACUAUUUGCACUAAAAAGCCCACGUCGGAGAGCCGGUACAGGGGCACGCUGUCCAGCCGAGGGAGCCAUCAUCGAGACGGAGGUGGCUGGUGGGAGGCGGGAGGCGACCCUACCGCCUGACUUUCUGGUCCUCGUCUUUUGCGAGGCGAACCCGCGCUUUCGCUUGGAGACGGCCACACCCAGCUCACGAGAGGACGCGGUUCUGCAUUGGCUGCGGACUAAGGCUGGCGGAGUCAAAGGGGCGGAGCUCGGGCGGGCAGUCGUCAUGCGGGGAUAUUCACUUCGCUCGAUGGGUUUAACACGCCAUAUGUAUAACCAUAGCGUUUUCUUACCGAAUUAGAAUUAGCGUCGUCGUCCGAUUGUUCGUUCUUCAGCUGUACAUGUAACGUGCCAAAGAGUUCAGCGUCUGUCUGUUUAUUUGCGCUACUCAUUGCUGUAUGUUGUUUGAAAAAAAAAAAAAAAAAAAUGUUCCAGAAUCAUACCUUCGUAGGCUAUUUUAUAUAAAUGGGUCAGGUCACAGUCUCUUAUCCACACCAUCAUAGAAAGCAUCAAACAGGCUGCCAAUGUCAGCUGAAAUAACAUUCCUAGUCAUUUUUUUUUUUCUGUUCUUACAGUGUCUCUGACUCGCUCAGGAUGCUGAUUUGUAUUUCAAGGACACACAAAUUUAGGAGAGUAAAACGCCUUGUUUUCACCAUGUCAUGAAAAGAAUUCUUGUACAUUCGGGAGGCUUAAAUUUUUGUGGAACAGCUGGUGUCAAAGUUUCUGUCAGAGCGAACGUGUAAGUUAUGGAAAAGUAGCGAUCUUAUACAUGCGCGCCGUUAACAGAUCUCUACCUCAGUAAACAUUAGCCUGCUCUGUGGCUUUAGCCUUGGUGGUGAAGACGGGCACGUUCGGUAAAGAUGUGGCAAAGCACGUUGCACACGUACCGUGAUCUCGGUGUCUCUGUUUGUUUAUCCCUCCAAGAUUUAUAACUGAUUGAAUCGCGCACCGCAAAAAAACUUUCUUCACCUGACGUCACGACCAUGACCAUCACGCGACCAUAUCCUCUUCAGGCGGCUCCCUGCAAAAAAAAAAAAAAAAAAAAAAAAUGCGCAGAACAAAAAAGACAGCUGUUGCCCGUCAGUAAGAUAAGAAGUUGGAAGUUUGCGAUUUCAAACAGCACUUUUCUGCAGUUACAAUCACGGUUUGAGGGAACUGCUGGAGUUCAAUUUAUUCGUUCCAUCUGAAAUUUUGGAAGAGACACAAUCUCUCCUCCCGCUGAGUUUAAAUGAAUUGGAUUCAUUUAAUCUGGCUUCAUAGGGCACACGUUUUAUUGCCACGAGUAGAUAUUCCAUAUCACAGAUCCUGUGUGUGUCAAACCCGACCCCCCCGCCCCCCCGCCUCCCCACCACAACAGAGGCGCACGCACACAAACACACACACAAAAACACACAUCAUUUAAACAAGGCAUUAUUCUGCGAUGUUACAGUCAGUUUUGCUUUUUGGCUUGGGUAAAGAGGCAGCAUGAGGUACUUCAGCUUUUUAGUUUUUUUUUGAAGAUUAAAUUUAUUUCUUUUUUUACUUUUAUAACAAUAGCACCCCCCCCCCCCCAACACACACACACACACAUAGUGUAGUGUAGGCAGCAUCAUUUUCCAAAUGGAGCACACUUUUUUUUUCUCAUGUACCAUGUCGAACCAGCUACAAGGGGUCUUCAUAUGCAGUCGUUUUCCACUGGUGAAAAUCGUGAUGAAAAGGAGAAAAGGAUCAAUUCUGAGGAAUCUGCUUUUAGCAAGACACGGGAAUGCUGAUGAACUACUGCUUCAGGGUAGAAAAAUGCAUUACCCACACAUCACACUGAAACUGAACAAGACAAUAAUGACCUCUAAUGGACAUCGGCUGUAAUUAUAAAGGUAUAAAUACCUUAAUUUUGACCCUAGAUUUUCCAUAGAUCUGUGCUUAAGUUUUAUGUUAUUAUUUUAUUUUAUUUUUUUUAGCUUUUUUGUAUUUUGUUGUUACGAUGUGUUUUGAAAUAGCAUUUCCACAAAUCAUUUGGCCAUCCUGGGUGAUCUGCUAUGAGACAAUUCUUUGGUGAGAAAGCCUUAUUUAGGAGGACCAUGUUAAGCCAUUUUGGUCUUAGAUUUUUAAAAUGUUCUUUGUGCUCUAGGCCACUGCCAGUCAUGUCUUUUUUUAAACUGGAGUAUAUCUGUAUAACAUGUAAAUGAAAAAGGUUUUUAUUGUUUUCAAAUAUCAGUGCAGUUUCAACACGUCAGUUUUUUGGUUGGCGGGCUUACUAAUAAUUAUGAACUUUGAAAUAAAUUCAUUCACUUAGUUUGUGGAUACAUAACUUAAUUCCUCCACAUGAAUUAUACAAUUUACAAGCCAAAUUUUUACAUUUCCUGAGGGUAUAGUAUGUCACUUGUUAAAAGCAGGUGACCUCAGACUAUCUAGUCAUGGUGUAUGAUAGACCAAACAAUCAACUCAAAAUGUGGGCAUUUGGCAACCUGAAAUUAUACAUUUUAACUUUAAAAAUGAUAUAUAUAUAUAUACACACACACACACACAUGUUGUUAUAUAUAUAUAUAUAUAACCAUAAUGAUUGAAAUUGAAAAUUGGAUAUCUGCAACCCACAACACUUAUCUUGGGGGAGUAAUAUGUUCGGGGCGUCCGGGGUUCGAGUGGAAGAGCUGUCGUCAGCGAAGAGGAAUGGGCUUGCAGGGAGAGAUUUAUCGAUACAGACAUUUUCUAGCCCAUUACUACAACACCGAAACCCACCCCCCCGGGGCUGGAAUCAAUGGCGAACGGGCGACGUGACCGAAAUGAAAUGCCGUUUGUCUGAAGUGAUUGUAUAGAAAUCAAAGAGCGGCUCUCCAGUUUGCACGCUGAUUGAAUAAAAACAUGUUUACAACACUCGCGCCUGCAACCACCGCAGCCAUCGUAGAGAUAAGCCUUGGGUAUGUCUCCAGAAAAGGUCCAGUGCAAGCCUUCUUUCAAAGGCAAAAUUGUUUAUGCUUAAAGAUGCUGGUGGAACCCAUGGAUUCUUUGGCCUGGCUUUGUUAAAAGAGAAAUUGCCUGAUGUCGCAGCCUUGUACGUUGAUUAGCUAUGAUACCUACGCUGCAUUUGAUGAAUUACCUGUUGAAUCAUCUGUCCAUACGUGUAGUAGAGUCUUGGAUUUAAGUCAACAAUGGUAUGUCAUACUUCUUAAGAGCAAUAAAAUGUUGAAUUGACAUGGCACAUCAUUUGUGCGUCGGCUCCCACUGCUGAAGUAAUUGGCAGGGUGUCACUUAUACUUGAUUGACAGGUGGUGGAGAUUUUUAAAAUCACAUGUACAGUAAUUGUCCAAGGCACUGGUGUUGCUUUGGGAUGAAACCGUACUGGUGCUUUUGAGAAAAAUGAUUUUUUUUUUUUUUUUUACUGCCUGUCGGAAGCACUGCCAAUUUGUUUGUUGUAUAAAGAACACUGCUAAAA